GACCACGGAGGCGCGGGGUGCCAGCCAGCUGCGAGGAGCCGCGCGCCCCCGAGCUGCGCCUGUCGGUCAGCCCGUGCGCCCGCGCGCCGCUCGCGAUUCUGAGAGUCCUCCCUGGUGCCGCUUGCCGAGCGUUCUCCCGGCCGCGCACCUACCCCGCGCACCUGCCCGUUGCCUGCUGGCGUUCCAAGCUCCGCUCGAGCCCAGCCGCCCCGGGUCCGAGCGGGGGCCCCGGCUCGGUUCUCACUCCGCGUCCGCCCCGCGCCGCAGCCGGGCCCGGCCGCAGCGCUGCGGAGGGCGGAGGCCGCCCGGAGCCCGGCCGGGGCCGGCACAGCGAUGAUGAACAGAUUCCGAAAGUGGCUGUAUAAACCCAAGAGGUCGGACCCACAGCUGCUUGCCCGGUUCUACUAUGCGGAUGAGGAGCUGAAUCAGGUGGCCGCAGAGCUGGACAGCCUGGACGGGCGCAAGGACCCCCAGCGGUGCACGCUACUUGUCAGCCAGUUCCGCUCCUGUCAGGACAAUGUGUUAAAUAUCAUUAACCAGAUCAUGGACGAGUGCAUCCCCCAGGACCGUGCCCCUCGGGAUUUCUGCGUCAAAUUCCCCGAGGAGAUACGGCAUGACAACCUGGCUGGCCAGCUGUGGUUUGGCGCUGAGUGCCUGGCCGCUGGCUCCAUCAUCAUGAACCGGGAGCUUGAGAGCAUGGCCAUGCGCCCGCUGGCCAAGGAGCUGACCCGCAGCCUGGAGGAUGUACGGGGUGCCCUACGCGACCAGGCGCUACGGGACCUCAACACCUACACGGAGAAGAUGAGGGAGGCGCUGAGGCACUUCGACGUCUUGUUUGCAGAGUUUGAGCUGAGCUAUGUCUCUGCCAUGGUGCCGGUGAAGUCUCCCAGGGAGUACUACGUGCAGCAGGAGGUCAUCGUGCUGUUCUGUGAGACGGUGGAGAGGGCCCUGGACUUCGGGUACCUGACCCAAGACAUGAUUGAUGACUACGAGCCGGCCCUCAUGUUCACCAUCCCGAGGCUGGCCAUCGUGUGUGGCCUCGUGGUCUAUGCAGAUGGACCCCUGAACUUGGACCGCAAAGUGGAAGACAUGUCUGAGCUGUUCCGGCCCUUCCACACGUUGCUACGGAAAAUAAGGGACUUGCUGCAGACACUGACCGAGGAGGAGCUGCACACGCUGGAACGGAACCUCUGCAUUUCCCAGGAUGUGGAGUUCCCCAUCCGGGUGGACACACAGGUGCCCACUGCCCUGGCACCUGCCUUUCCUGCACCCCUACCCCCUGAGGAGCCACUCUCAACCAAGGCCAGAAACUCGGAGGCAGAGCUGGCCUGCUCCAUGCAGUAUGAUGACCAGGAGUUGGAGCAGCUCAGCCGCAUGGUCCACAGGGCUGGGGACGAGAUGUCCUCUCUGCUCUCGCCGCCCAGUGCCUGCCAGUCCCCUGCACAUAGGCCCGGAGCCGAGGGCAGCCCCCAUAGGGAGGCCUCUCCGGGCAGAGCAUGCCUGCAGGUAGGCAGUGACGAAGAGGAACGGGUGUUCUUCAUGGAUGACGUGGAGGGUGCAGUGGAAGCCCCCACCAGGCCCAAGUCCCCUCAGGGUCCAUUUGAGUGGGCAGGCAGUGCCCAGGCUGACCCCCAGGAGAGAGGGCAGGGAGGCCAGAGCAGAGAGGCAGAGGUCAGCGCUCUUGCCACAGAAAAGGAGCAGGACUUGUGCAACAACAAUAACACUGAGGAUGACAACGUGCAGGUGGCCAGCCUCUCAGGCUCCAACUCCUGCAGCUGCCUGGACUCACAGUUGUACCUGGACGGCUGGGAGGUGGGAGCGGACGACGCUGAGACAGCCGAGAUGAUCGCCCACCGGACGGGGGGCAUGAAGCUCUCCGCCACGGUCAUCUUCAAUCCCAAAUCGCCCACCUCCUCGGACUCUGCCGUCGCCACCCAGGAAACCCCAGGCCUCAGCAUUUCCCCUUCAGGGCCUGUGACCAAGGGCAUGGAGGACAGCUCCCACAAACUCAGCACUGCGGCCACCAACUGCCUCCUUCAUUCUUGCGUGUGCUGUGGGAGUUGCGGGGACAGCAGGGAGGACACUGUGGAGCAUUUGCGGGAGAAGUGUAGCCCGGAAAGCAUUAUCAGUGCCUCUUACACCACCGGCUUAGCCAAGGCCGGCAGCAAGGGCCCCGAGAGGCAGGAUGAAGACUGGCCUGUCCCCGAGGGCCCCCUGCCGGCAGAAGACACCUCCGCCAGCGGGGAGCCCAAAGGCCCCACUUCCAACAAGUGCCUGGCACACACCUCAGGUUCCCAGGUGGACACAGCAACUGGGUCUUGGGGAGAGGCCGAAGUGACCAGUCAGCGGCAGGGUUCCAAGGCCAGAGAGCAGAUGGGCAGGACACCUGUGGCCCAGGAGGAGCCUCAGCACCCACUGGGCUCCAGCAACCCCACGACUGGCUCCUGCUCCUCAGACAAGACCAGCCCAGAGGCAGCCCUGGCAGCCACACCUGUCACCCCCGUGACCACAAGAGAGAAGAUCCGGUCCAGGUUCCACGGCAGCCACGACCUGAUCCACCGCCUGUUUGUCUGCAUUUCAGGCGUGGCUGACCAGCUGCAGACGAACUAUGCUAGUGACCUGAGAAGUAUUCUCAAGACGCUGUUUGAGGUCAUGGCCACCAAGCCAGAAACGGAUGACAAGGAAAAGUUAAGGAAGGUCACCCAGACCCUGCGGAGUGCGGCCUUGGAGGACUGUGCAUUGUGCCAGGAGACCCUGUCAUCCUCGGAACUUGCAGCCAAGACCCGAGAUGGGGACUUUGAAGACCCACCUGAGUGGGUGCCAGACGAGGCCUGUGGCUUCUGCACCGCCUGCAAAGCUCCAUUUACCGUCAUCCGCCGAAAGCACCACUGUCGUAGCUGCGGAAAGAUCUUCUGCUCCCGCUGCUCCUCGCACUCAGCACCACUGCCCCGCUACGGGCAGGUGAAGCCUGUCCGUGUGUGCACGCACUGCUACAUGUUCCACGUCACGCCCUUCUACAGUGACAAGGCGGGCCUGUGA